AUGGCACUCAACAAGAUCAACGCCGCGCCCCGAGCUUCGGAUAGUUCCGAUUUCUAUCAAUAUCGUCAAUCUCAACAGGUCAACCAAAAGAAAGCAACGGCGGGACCGCACCACCCAGACAAAGAUAGGCUAUUUCUAACAGAAUUUCAUCAUUCCUUACCAGCUUCUGCCUAUAAUACGCAGCCUAUCUUUUCGGUGAGCCGGUACACAGCAAGUCCCUUCAACCUAGUUACACCGAGUUCACGCUACUUCCCUUCCCAAUAUCCACAUCAUAAGGCGAGAUAG